CCGAGCAAGCCCUGUCGCCGGAGAAGCACUUCUCGACCGACGAUUUCUCGCUUUUGCUAAGAGAGACUACUCUGUCCGACUGACAUUGGCCGGAGAAAAUGCAAGCCCUAACUAUUUCUUACCGCCCUUUUCCGUCCGGCACCACCCUGUCUCCGCCGGCCACCGCCGUCGUCGCCAGAACAAGCACUGCUUUUCUUGCACGCCUUCGGCCGAUCAAAUGCGUGUGUAGUGCACCGGCCUUAGCGGAUGACAGUGCCGUGAAGUUUAUGGAAGCGUCUAGAAACGGAAACAUAGUUCCUCUUCACCGGCGUAUGUUCUCAGACCACUUGACUCCGGUUCUGGCUUAUCGGUGUUUGGUUAAAGAAGACGAUCGGGAGGCUCCAAGCUUUCUUUUUGAAUCUGUCGAACCAGGUCUUCGAGCUUCCAGCGUGGGGCGUUAUAGCGUGGUUGGAGCUCACCCUGCAAUGGAAAUUGUGGCGAAAGAAAACAAAGUCACGAUAAUGGACCAUGAAGAAGGGCGUUUAACGGAGGAGGUUGUUGAAGAUCCAAUGUCGAUUCCGAGACGGAUCUCUGACACUUGGAAACCUCAGUUGAUUGAAGAACUACCUGAUGCAUUUUGUGGUGGGUGGGUUGGUUAUUUUUCAUAUGACACGGUUCGUUAUGUGGAGAAGAAAAAGCUAUCAUUCCUUGGGGCACCAAAUGAUGAUAGAAACCUUGCUGACAUUCAUCUAGGUCUCUAUGAUGAUGUAAUUGUGAUUGAUCAUGUAGAGAAGAAAUCUCAUGUGAUUCAUUGGGUACGGCUUGAUCGAUAUUCCUCUGCUGAGGAGGCUUAUGUUGAUGGAAUGAGACGAUUGGACAUAUUGAUGUCGAAAGUACACAAUAUUGAGCCGCCAAGGCUAUCUCCAGGUUUUGUGGACUUGCAUACUCAGCAAUUUGGCCCUCCUUUAAAGAACUCAAACAUGAGAAGUGAAGACUAUAAGAAAGCAGUACUUACAGCUAAGGAACAUAUAUUGGCAGGGGAUAUUUUCCAGAUUGUAUUAAGCCAACGUUUUGAACGCCGAACAUUUGCUGACCCUUUUGAAAUCUACAGGGCAUUGAGAGUUGUGAAUCCGAGUCCAUAUAUGGCCUACUUGCAGGCUAGAGGAUGUAUUUUGGUUGCUUCAAGCCCAGAAAUUCUAACUCGUGUGAAGAAGGAGAAGAUUGUGAAUCGACCAUUGGCUGGGACAACUAGAAGAGGGAAGACGCCUAGUGAAGAUUUGAUGUUGGAAAGAUGGUUGCUAAGUGAUGAAAAGCAAUGUGCUGAACAUGUUAUGCUGGUUGAUUUGGGAAGAAAUGAUGUUGGAAAGGUUUCAAAAUUUGGUUCAGUGAAGGUGGAUAAGCUUAUGAAUGUUGAGCGGUAUUCCCAUGUGAUGCACAUCAGCUCCACGGUUACAGGGAAAUUGCUUGAUCACCUCACUUCUUGGGAUGCUCUUCGUGCAGCAUUGCCUGUAGGAACAGUCAGUGGAGCACCAAAGGUGAAGGCCAUGGAGUUGAUUGAUCAGCUGGAAGUGGCAAGGCGUGGACCUUACAGCGGAGGAUUUGGAGGUGUUUCCUUCUCUGGUGAUAUGGAUGUUGCUCUAGCACUUAGGACCAUUGUAUUCCCUACUGGAACCCGUUAUGACACCAUGUACUCCUACAAAGAUGCCAACCAGCGGCGUGAAUGGGUUGCUCACCUUCAAGCUGGUGCUGGUGUUGUGGCUGACAGUGAUCCUGACGAUGAGCAAAGAGAAUGUGAAAACAAAGCUGCUGGUCUUGCUCGUGCUAUUGACUUGGCUGAAUCAGCGUUUGUUAACAAAUGAUGCACAAUUUUAUCGAUGGAGGAGAGUCCGAAUGCUAUGAUGAAGCAUGUCAGGUGGGAGAUUCGAGCAAGUGGGAGCUUGCAAUGAAGGACGAGAUGAAAUCUCUAACCUCCAACAAAACGUGGGAAUGAGCUCAAUUGCCCAGAGGUAAGAAGGCUCUUCACAACAAGUGGGUGUAUAGGAUCAAAGAGGAGCAUGAUGGCUCUAGGAGGUACAAGACCCGGUUGGUAGUUAACGGCUUCGAGCAAAAGGAAGGAAUCGACUACACCGACAUCUUUGCACCAGUUGUGAAGUUAACAACCAUCAAAUCAGUCUUGAGCAUUGUUGCCUCGAAGGGCCUACAUCUCGAGCAGUUAGAUGUGAAGACAACAUUUCUUCACGGUGAUCUAGAUGAGAAAAUUUACAUGCACUAGCCAAAAGGAUUCUCAGUGAAAGGUAAAGAGAAUCUUGUUUGCAGGUUGAAGAAGAGCUUGUACUGUCUCAAACAAGCUCCCAGGCAAUGGUACCAGAAAUUUGACGGAUUUAUGCACAAGAAUGAUUUUCAAAAGUGCAACGCCGACCACUAUUGCUAUUUCAAGAGGUAUCAACUUAGUUACAUCAUUUUGUUAUUAUAUGUCGAUGACAUACUAAUCGUAGGACCAAAUAUAGAAGAGAUCAGAAAAUUGAAGCAGCAAUUGUCAAAGGAGUUUGACUUGAAAGACUUGGGUUCAGUGAAGCAGAUUCUUGGAAUGCGGAUCUCCAGAGAUAAGCAACAGGGAAUGUUGCGGUUAUCUCAGGUAGAGUAUAUUAGCCGUGUUUUACAAAGAUUCAACACGAGCUGCGCCAAAGUGGUAAAUACACCAUUGGCCGGACACUUUCGCCUCUCCAAGGAUCAAAAUCCCUAGAUAGAUGAAGAGAAGGAUUUCAUGGCUAAGGUACCUUAUGCCUCAGCCAUUGGAAGUCUCAUGUACGCCAUGAUUUGUACCAGACCAGACAUUGGUCAAGCAGUGGGAGCUGUCAGCAAGUUCAUGUCAAAUCCAGAGAAGACUCAUUGGAAAGUAGUGAAGUGGAUCUUAAGGUACCUAAGUGGUACUAUUGAUAAGUGCUUAUGUUUCGGCAAAGGAGACUUGAAAAUUAAAGGAUAUGUGGAUGCCAAUUUUGCUGGUGAAGUUGAUCACCGCAUAAGCACCACUGGGUAUGUGUUCACUGUUGGCAUAACGGCUGUUAGUUGGAUGUUACAGAUACAAAAGAUUGUUGCCCUAUCGACUACAAAAGUUGAGUACGUAGCAGUGAUAGAAGCCAACAAAGAGAUGAUUUGGCUUCAAGGUUUGUUGACAGAGCUCGGAAUAACGCAGGAGAGGAAUGUUUUGCACAGCAACAGUCAGAGUGCGAUACAUCUGGCAAAGAACUCUGUCUUUCAUUUUAGAACCUAACACAUUGGACUUUGUUAUCACUUUGUCAGAUCUCUAUUAGAGGACGGAGUGCUGGUAUUUGAAAAAAUUCAAGGUAGUAGUAAUCUAGCAGACAUGUUGACGAAGGUGGUGACUACAGAGAAGUUGAAGUUGUGUUCAACUUCAGUUAGUCUUCAUGCUUGAAGACAAAUAUGAGCACAUCAUUUACCUAUACAUUAGUUGAGAUGUGCCUUCGUCUCAAGUGGGAGAUUGUUGAGUUGUAGAAGGUGGAGUCGUUGGUAGCCACCAACCCAACCGCUUUUGUUGAAUUUGGAGACUGGCGGCCGCCAACUCAGCCCACCUUCAUUGAAAUUAAGCCACUUACCUUUGAAUUGUAUCCCUCAUCCAUGGCUAUAUAAAUGAGAUGUGUGUGUGUGUGUGUGUGUGUAAUAUGUGUCGAAGUGUGUGUGCAGAAUAGAGCUGCGUGGAAGAGUGUGUGAGGAAUAGAGUAUUGAGAGAGAGAGAGAGUUGAGUUGAGCAGUUGCUCCUUCUCCUUGUAAAUUUUCUCUCAAUUAUAGUGAGAUUGGUCUGCUCCUUGGACGUAGCUCAGAUUGGACCGAACCACUUGUUUGUUUAUAUUUUGCUUGUGUGUGAUUGUUGUUCCUAGAUCUCCCAACACGGGCCCCAUUCCAGUUUCCGUUGGAAAGCUUCAGUAUCAGGGAAGAUUGUUUUUCAAUCAAAAAAAAUUUUCAUGGAAAAUCCCAUCCAUCUUUGGCAAUCUUUUGCAAUUUUUCAAUCUUUAUUUGUACAUAAAAUAAUUUUACAAGGAACCAUUCCAUUAGGCCCCAAGGAACCGCACAAAAGUGCAGAAUUCAUACCUCCUAGAAUAACCUCACAGGUAGCUUACUGGAUCAAAUACUUGGACUUCUAACAGUCUUGAUUGCUCUGAACAUGUCUCACAGCCCCCUGACUGGUUCCUUCCCUCCAGACUUUGUAGCUUGAAAAAGCUUGGAACAUUAGUUGUUUCUGAGAACAAAUUGUCUGAUGAAAUUCCCACAGAACUUGGCAUUCCUUCAUAUUGAAGGCAAUUUUAUUUGGGACUGGCAAUCCUUCACAUGGAGGAAAAUUUCAUCCAAGCAAAUAUUCCUUUUAUCUUUGAGUGCUUUGAGAGCUAUUUCAAGACAUGCCUUUCACAAUUCGAAGUAAACUGGAAAAUAUUCCAUUUUUCAGUAGAUUUGAGUCUGUCUUUCAACCACCUUGAGGGUGAGGUUUCAAUAGAAGGGGCUUUUAGGAAUGCGAGUGUGGUUUCAAUCGAAGGAAAUAAUAAGCUUUUUGGGGGAUUUCUGAAUUACAGUUGCCCCCAUGUUUCAAUUAGAAUUGGUAUGGAAAUACCCCCUCACUUAAGGGUCGUUAAUUAUUAUCAUAAACUCAUUAGCGUCUUGCUUCCUUCUACUUUAGUCAUGGUUCUUAUUAUUAUUUAUUGGAGAAGAUACUGUGGAAAGAAGCAUAAAUUUGAAUCUCCAUUUAGUUAUAUGUUCUUAUGGGUUUCUUACAAUGAGCUUCUGAAGGCUUCUGAUGGAUAUGCUUUGUCCAACUUGACUGGUGUGGGGAGUUUUGUAUGUGUAUGAAGGAAUUCUUCAUCAACCUGAAUGACCUGUGGCAAUAAUGGUAUUGAACCUUCAAAAGAAUGGUGGUGCUUCAAAAAGUUUCACAGUUGAAUGCAAGACUGACACUGCAUUUGGGAGCAUGGAUUUUGAACUUUGAGUUUGGAUUUAUGUGGAUUUGGACAAGAUUCAAUGCAAUUUUGCAUAUUACAUUUUGUUCAAAUUCAAUGCCUUUCCCAAACACAGUAGAAUCUCCUCAAGAUUGUAAUUUUGCGUUCUAGUGUGGAUGACAAAGGUGGUGAUUAUAAAGCUCUAGUUUCUGACUUUUCAUGCCUAAUGGGAGCCCAGAAAACUGGCUACAUGUAAACACAACAUGAAUCAGAACAUCGAAUCUCAUACAAAGAUUAGAUAUUCCGCUUCAAGGGAUCUAUUGGUUACAUUGCACCAG